CUCGGCGAGCAGCUCGGCUCCCCCCCAGCGCUCCCCGGGCCCAAAGAUAUGGCAAUGGUAGUUAGCAGCUGGCGAGAUCCGCAGGACGACGUGGCCGGGGGCAACCCCGGCGGCCCCAACCCCGCAGCGCAGGCGGCCCGCGGCGGCGGCGGCGGCGCCGGCGAGCAGCAGCAGCAGCAGGCGGGCUCGGGCGCGCCGCACACGCCGCAGACCCCGGGCCAGCCCGGAGCGCCCGCCACCCCCGGCACGGCAGGGGACAAGGGCCAGGGCCCGCCCGGCUCGGGCCAGAGCCAGCAGCACAUCGAGUGCGUGGUGUGCGGGGACAAGUCGAGCGGCAAGCACUACGGCCAAUUCACCUGCGAGGGCUGCAAAAGUUUCUUCAAGAGGAGCGUCCGCAGGAACUUAACUUACACAUGCCGUGCCAACAGGAACUGUCCCAUCGACCAGCACCACCGCAACCAGUGCCAAUACUGCCGCCUCAAGAAGUGCCUCAAAGUGGGCAUGAGGCGGGAAGCGGUUCAGCGAGGAAGAAUGCCUCCCACUCAACCCAAUCCAGGCCAGUACGCACUCACCAACGGGGACCCCCUCAACGGCCACUGCUACCUGUCCGGCUACAUCUCGCUGCUGCUGCGCGCGGAGCCCUACCCCACGUCGCGUUACGGCAGCCAGUGCAUGCAGCCCAACAACAUCAUGGGCAUCGAGAACAUCUGCGAGCUGGCCGCGCGCCUGCUCUUCAGCGCCGUCGAGUGGGCCCGCAACAUCCCCUUCUUCCCGGAUCUGCAGAUCACCGACCAGGUGUCCCUGCUCCGCCUGACCUGGAGCGAGCUGUUCGUGCUCAACGCAGCCCAGUGCUCCAUGCCGCUGCACGUGGCGCCGCUGCUGGCCGCCGCCGGCCUGCACGCCUCGCCCAUGUCCGCCGACCGCGUCGUGGCCUUCAUGGACCACAUCCGCAUCUUCCAGGAGCAGGUGGAGAAGCUCAAGGCGCUGCACGUCGACUCGGCCGAGUACAGCUGCCUCAAAGCCAUCGUGCUGUUCACGUCAGAUGCGUGUGGCCUGUCGGAUGCGGCCCACAUCGAAAGCCUGCAAGAGAAGUCGCAGUGCGCGCUGGAGGAGUACGUGAGGAGCCAGUACCCUAACCAGCCCAGCCGCUUCGGCAAACUGCUGCUGCGGCUGCCCUCGCUGCGCACCGUGUCGUCCUCGGUCAUCGAGCAGCUCUUCUUCGUCCGUUUGGUAGGUAAAACCCCCAUCGAAACUCUCAUCCGCGACAUGCUACUAUCCGGGAGCAGCUUCAACUGGCCUUACAUGUCCAUCCAGUGCUCCUAGACCUUGGGCGCUUCCCACCUGCCCCCAGCCCCUAGAGACUCACAGCACCGGCGGGGGGCCGUGGACUCCAAAGCCGCGGAGACACCAGGCGGCCGAUGCAGGGUGCGGCGGGGCCGGGCAGGGGGGAGAAGGGCCGGGGGGCGACAGGAGCCGCCCACCGCGCAGACAGGCAAACCGAAGCUGCAAACCUGGAGGAAAAAAAAAAAGAGAGAGACUCUUUUUAGUAUCAGAUCCGGGAACACGUUGGAAAGGAAAGAAAACAGGCCCUUGUGUCUGGUGAGAAAAAGAAAACUAAUUUGGGAAGAGAGGACCAUGAAAAUUUUAAUAAAACAGAAGGAAACCAAUGGACCUUCCAGGAGUUAUUGUGGACGGUUGUGGAUAUAUACUGUACAGAAAACAACACCCAUGGAAGUGGACCGAAUCCUAUGUAGAAACAGACACACACAGACACACACCACACACACACAGACAUUGUUAUUCAUUUUGUAAAAUACUAGUCUUUAUUUUCAUUUUUUUGUAAAAUUUAAACAUCGUAUGCACAUAAAAAAAAAGAAACAAGAAUUAGGGGAAAAUAACAUUUUCCAAAUAAUUAUAAAAAAAAUUGUCCUGUGUCUAUGUAUCUAUAUCUGUUUUGUAUUUUUUUCUGGUUCCAAACCAGAUUUCCUGUGAUUCUAUACUAAUAAUUUUUGAUAUAACCCUUUGCUUCUUAUAAUGAGUGCGAUAUAUGUUGUCGAGGCUGUUCUUCAAGAAUUAAAAUCGAAGUGAAAAUUUAAACAAAAAAUAAAAAGAAUUUAGCAAAA